AUGUCUGAAGCGUCUCCGAAGAAGGAGACCAACAAUGUGAAGUCGCCAUUGGAAGAAGUCAGAGAAAUUAAGAAGCAGACAGAGCUCGUGAGUUUUUGAAUCCCCGGUUCUUUUCUGAAAUUCGACAAAUUGCAGGUGGAAUCGCAGUCUGUUGCAAAAACGAAUAUCGACCCCGAGUUCAUCACAGUUCAAGACCCGGCCGGGGACGAACCCAUCGAAUUGCCAACUGACGGUUCCGGAUCCGUAUUGAUGACGACCCUCAAUGCAUCGUUCCCCGGGGCCACCGGUCUCAAGUACAAGAAUCCAAAAACUGGCGCAAAUCGAGUCAUUCAGUGAGUGGAUUCUUGGUCAGAACGUGCACGCCAUCUGAUUGUCAGGGUUGACUCUACGGGGCUGAAACUGAUGCCGCCCUCAGAUGGAUGGGACAACAAGACCUUCCAUGUGAUUCAACCACGUGAGUUUUCUUUUGGAUAUCUAGCUCAUUAAGAGAGAAGACCGUCCACGAAUGAAAUGAAAAAAGAGUGAUUUGGUGUGAUUCAGAGAGCGAGAGAGUCAGAGCCUUAACCGCCGAAGAAACGACGAGUGCGAAGAGACGGAAAGUCGGAACGAUUGAUGAAACGGAUUUGGACGAUGGGCGCGACGGACGGUCCGGCAGGAAGAGAGCGGUUGAGAGAGACGACAGCCCUCCAGUUGACCUCAUCGUUCUUGGUGUCGACUUCAAAACGACUGACGACCAAUUCAAAACGUAUUUUGAGGAGAUAGGCACUGUCGUGUUUUGUGAGGUUCGUGAGACUGCAGAUAAGACGGUGUGAAGAGGUGAAAUGGCAAUAUUUCCUUGAAUCGAAGUUUCGCUUGAAAGCACCCUAAAUGACAUUUGCAGAUAAAACGAAAACCGGAUGGUGGUUCCAAGGGGUUCGGAUUUGUGCGCAUGGCGUCACUCGAUGAGCAGAACAAAGUGCUCGCCAUCCCUCAGCACAUGAUCGACGGUCGUAGGUGCGACAUCAAAGUACCGGAUGGAAGGGUAAGAGCAGACUCUCUCUUGAGUCGUCUGUGAACAAAAUGAAAAUUUUAGGAUAAGCAAGGGAGACCGGCUAUUAGCCGCAUUUUCAUCGGGCGCCUCACGGACAAAGUGGACGAAAACAAGCUGCGUGAAGUGUUUGGCGACGAAGCUAAAAGCUACGUCGAAACGGCAGUCGUCACCGAUGUUUUUAUUCCGAAGCCGUUCCGAGGUUUCGCCUUUGUGACUCUCUCCAGCGCCGAAGCGGCUGAACGUAUCGUAACGUAAGACCCCUCGAAAAAAGUUGAAAAUAUUCUUGAUUUCCAGAAAGGGAUCUCUGACAAUAUGCGGUUUGUCUGUCGGGCUGAGCAUCGCGCAACCACGAGAAGAGAGCAAUUCGUCCGGACCAGAUUAUGGCCUUCCGGCUGGAUACCGAAGCAGACGAGAGCGCGACAGAAACGAGAGAAGACCGCCGUCGGUAACAGUCCCAAACAUGUGAUCACUUCAUGAUUACUUUAUUACAGUCUGUCCAUGUGGAGCCGUUCGCCUCCCCAUACACCAGGGACCUCUUCCGUUCGUCACAACCCGGCUCUCCGUCUGAGCGUCGUUAUUGGGGAUCCGAACCGCCUCGUCCCUGGUAG